CACAGCUCCACUACCAGGCGGGAGUCCUCGGCAGCGACGCACGCAACCCACUGACAGCUGCGACUCAAAACCAACGGGGGUAAAGAUGGAGCACAGAGACAGCGACUUCAACAUACUGCUCGCGACCGAUUCAUACAAGGUAACGCAUUACAAACAGUACCCCCCCAACACGAGUAAAGUGUACUCGUACUUCGAGUGCCGCGAGAGGAGGACCGAUUCCACCAAAAGCAGAAAAGUCAAAUAUGACAAGACCGUCUUCUACGGCCUCCAGUACAUCCUCAACAAGUACCUGAAAGGAAAGGUAGUGACCCCAGAGAAGAUCCAGGAGGCGAAGGAGGUAUACAGAGAACACUUCCAGGAUGACGUUUUCAACGAGAAGGGGUGGACUUACAUUUUGGAGAAAUACAAUGGACACCUGCCUAUUGAAAUCAAGGCGGUGCCAGAGGGGAGUGUCAUUCCUCGAGGCAAUGUUCUGUUCACAGUGGAGAGCACCGACCCUGAAUGCUACUGGCUCACCAACUGGGUGGAGACCAUUCUGGUUCAGGUCUGGUACCCCAUCACCGUGGCAACCAACUCCAGGGAGCAGAAGAAGAUCCUCGCCAAGUACCUCAUGGAGACCUCCGGGAACUUGGAGGGACUCUCAUAUAAACUACAUGACUUUGGCUACAGGGGCGUCUCCUCACAAGAGACUGCAGGCAUCGGGGCCUCCGCCCAUCUGGUCAACUUCAAGGGCACAGACACGGUUGCCGGCAUCGGAGUCAUUAAGAAGUACUACGGCACCAAAGACCCUGUGCCAGGCUUCUCAGUGCCUGCUGCAGAACACAGCACGAUCACAGCGUGGGGGAAGGACCAUGAAAAAGAUGCCUUUGAGCACAUCAUCAAGCAGUUUCCCAACGUGCCGGUAUCCAUCGUCAGCGACAGCUACGACAUCUACAACGCCUGUGAGAAGAUCUGGGGAGAAGACCUUCGGUCGCUGAUCGUGGCGCGCAGUGCCAACGCCCCGCUGUUGGUCCGGCCAGACUCGGGGAACCCUCUUGAUACAGUCCUGAAGGUUUUGGAGAUCUUGGGUAAGAAGUUUCAACCGGUGGAGAACUCCAAAGGCUUCAAGGUUCUCCCUCCUUACAUCCGAGUCAUACAAGGAGACGGAGUUGAUAUCAACACGCUGCAAGAGAUAGUCGAGGGCAUGAAGCAACACAAGUGGUCCAUUGAGAACAUUUCUUUCGGGUCCGGAGGGGCUCUUCUUCAGAAACUGACCAGAGAUCUGCUCAACUGCACCUUCAAAUGUAGCUACGUGGUCACCAAUGGACUGGGGUUGAAUGUGUUCAAGGACCCCGUGGCCGACCCCAACAAGAGGUCAAAGAAAGGUCGCCUGUCUCUGCACCGGACGCCGAGUGGUGACUUUGUCACCCUGGAGGAGGGCAAGGGCGACCUGGAGGAGUUUGGCGUGGACCUGCUGCACACAGUCUUUCACAACGGGAAGAUUGUGAAGACGUACACAUUCGACGAAGUCAGAGACAAUGCUCAGCUCAUAGGGAGUGAGAUUGAAGUAGUGCACUGAUUGCAGCAGCACUAAACCCCCCCCGCCCCCAACCCCAAAACGAAGCCGCUCCCCCUCAACCCUUCACCUUUUUAGCCUCCGACGCACACCUCAGAAAACAGGAUGUGGCGUGCACCGCUAAUAGAUUUCCACUUCCAAAGCUUGAGAAUCCCCCAAAGUGUUCCUAAAAACCUGAGAAUCCCUUAGAAUCCAUGAAUCGGCGUCAAAUUCCAAAUCGCUGUUGUUGGUUCUCCAACAGAGGGGGGGGGGGAAUCUGGAAACUCUCAUACCACUGAUUUUAAAGGCGAGCGCCCCAUGAGUGAGGAAGGGAGGGGGGGGGGGCUAAAGAAAGUGUGUCAAAAGACACAGUAAGAAAUAGAAACGACAGACGUGUAGAGGGAUAGGAGUUGGGAAUAUGAAGAUAAACCGCGCGUUCACUCCCAUGAGCCGCGGCCCCGUGUCGCACUGACAGGCGGGACUUAUUGUAACGUUGGAAUGUGAUUGGCUGCCGACGGGCGAUGCGUCGGCAGACUUUUCCACGCCGACACAGAAGCAAAUGAGAUGAUUGUGAAUGAGCCGGCCGCAUGCGGAGUGAACGCACGGUGAGUCGAAGUGAGAGGGAUGAUAGAGAGCCACACCCCCACACCACUGGCCACGCCUCCUGUAUUAUGUACAGAGCUGUGUUCAACAACAAAAACACACACACAAAAACUACAUUUCUGAAUCUACUUGCUCUUAUGUGAAGGAUAAAAUGAUGAUCAUAGUAUAUGACGGUGCACUGCUAACAUCUGACUUAUAGAAGCUAAGAAGUUGCUUUCACUUGGAAACAGAAGAUCCAGAGCGGUUAAACUGUAAUUGUGGAGGAUGAAAGAAUGAAUUUGCCCCAAUGUUCUGGCUUUUAAUCGGAUGUUUGGGCCCAAAUGAUACACAGCCAACAUCUACCAAGUACUACCUGGAUAUUUUGUACCGUUACCCCGCCAAAUAAAAUAUUCUGGGUGCAUUUCUGAAGGUAUAUUACUGAUCAUCUACUUGCCUUUAUGUUGGCCACAGAGCAUUCACAUCCUGAAGGUCCAGUCUGCCCAUGUGGAGGGAUUUAUCUCAAAGGGUUUUAGUUCUUCACGUUUCUUUGAGUUUCAGAACGUUUUCAUACAUGUAUUGCUCCAGCGUUUGUGAAAGUGGAUCGUAUUGGGUCUUCACGAUGACGACUGCUCUGGAAACCAGUCUUUGCUGGAAAGACCAAGAGUUGAUGUAAAAAUACAUAAUUAAAGAAACACUGGAAUGAAGAUGAUUUAACUGUUUAUGAAAGAUUAUAUGGCUCCUGAAAUGUAUGUUCAAUGUUGGUUCUGCUGUAUGUGUCCUUGGAUCUGUGUAGUUGUGUGUGCGUGUGCUGAGAUUUUCCUCUUUUUGUUUUAAAGCAUUGUGUAGUAUUCCUUUAUGCAAAUAUGCUUGUUGAUGGGGUGGAAUAGAGAACACUUCCUUUAAUUUGCCGGCCUUUUAUUUUGAAAGGAGAUCUCGAGUCAUGACGAUUUGCCCGGGGAUGUUGCUGAUGAUGCCUUUUUUGGAGGCUUCCCAUUCAGAGCAUCUCGGUGGGGUCUCACUCCGGUGUGAUGCUGUGUUGAGUAUCUCGGAGUGAAGGGGCCGUGGGAGCUUUGCGGCUCGCUUCUCUCCUCUGGCCCGGUCCAACCCGCCCGACCAGACGAGCUGGUCAACAACACAGCUGAUCGUGUGCCGCAACAAUGUCGCACUCUUUAUAUCGUUCCACUUUAUAUUUACCGUCACCGUUCGUCAUACCAUUUUGUUCUCCACUUCUGGAGAAACUACACAACCAAUACAGUUAUUUUAUUUCCAAUUACGGGGUGCAUUUUAGUACAACUCUGAUUUUACUGUUUUGAUACGGUCUCGGUUCUUACCUCAGAGAACUCUUAUUUUGUAUAACGGGAGAAAACAAUUCCAGAAAUUGCAGUAAAUCUCUUUAUUUACACCCGAUGUGGCCAAACUGCCUUCUCACUCGUACAUACAAGAACUAGUUUGAACGGAAGCGGCGAGGCCGGUUAGGAGGGCGACCACAGGCGAUGGUAACGUCUUCAUUUAUUUCUGUAAAAACAACCGUUUAGUGUACAAAUGGAAGAAUAUCCAAACCUGCUUGACUGAACUGGCAGCAUACAGCUUCUGUGUGUGUGAAUGUCUCGUUUGUUAUGGAUAAAAAUCAGUUUGUGAAUACUAUUUUUUUUUUCUUCUCCUGUUAUUGUUGUUUUAUGUAUAUGUUGGUUGUCCCAAAUCCUCUCCCAACACAACUGAUAUUUUAACUAGCAUAACUUGCUAUAUUGUCAAUAUUACAUGGAUUAAAGAUGCCACCCUGUCAAUUUGGAA